CUUUAUUUUCCCUCUCUUCAUUAUGUAUAUGGUAUACAUUUUUUGCCAUGCUUUUUGUCAUUAGUUUCGCCACCAUUCCCAUUGCCAAACCCGGCUGCCCAACUAAGUGCGGAAAGGUAACUAUUCCGUAUCCAUUUGGCAUCGGCUCAGAGAAAGGAUGUUCCUUUAGCAAGUUCCACAGCAUACAUUGCAACAACUCCACUAAUCCCCCAAAACCAUUCAUGUUAAGUAAUUUUACUCAUUCCCUGGAGAUCAUAGACAUAUCUCUAACCGGCCAGAUGCGAAUCAGGAAUAGAUUGGCCACAAAAUGCUACCAGCCACGGCAGGUAAUAGUACAAUCCAUAAUGAGCAACGAUGUAAUAAUAUAUCUAGAUAAUUUACCAUUAGUGGUAUCAGAUACUGCAAACAAGUUCAUCGGUAUUGGUUGUGUUGAUGACUUGACUAUGAUAAUUGCAGAAAGUACACCGAUACUUGUCCACAUGAGUGGCUGUGGAGCUACGUGUAAUACACCAGAGAAUAUGCAUAAGCAAAAUGAUACGUCGUGUAUGGGUAACGGUUGCUGCCAAUUGGAGAUCCCAAACAAAGGAUUGAAACAUGUAAGGAUCAUAACAGAAUCUUUGAUCGAUGUUGGAAACACCACAAAUAACAACGUAUCCUAUUGCAGCGCUGCCUUUUUAGCCGAGGUAAACGAAUUCACCUUUAGCGUGGCCGAUCUUUUUGGUAAUAACGCAGGGUUUAUAAAAAGAACAAUUGACAAUGUUCCGGUUGUGCUGGAUUGGUAUGUUGGUGUUAAUGAGACGUGCCGAGAAGCUCAGCAGAAUCGGUCAAGGUCCAGUUAUGCUUGCAUGGAGAAUACCGACUGCACCGAUGUUUACGGCGGCACUGAUUUUGGGUACCGUUGCAGCUGUAGAACAGGUUACCAGGGUAACCCCUAUCUCAGUCCUGGAUGCACGACAGAUAUUAAUGAGUGUGAAGGUCCAAUCAACCCCUGUACUCAUAUAUGUAAGAACACCAUUGGCAAUUACACAUGCUCUUGUCCUAAAGGAUAUAGUGGAACUGGCCGGAAGGAUGGCGGCACCCCUUGUUUUAAAAAUAAAUCGAAUACAUUGAAGCUUGGUUUAGGAAUAGGCCUUGGACUCGCGUUCUUAAUGUUUAUAUUUGGUUCGGUAAAUCUAUUCUUCAGAAGAAGGAAACUUAUGAAAAAAAGAGAGAAAUUCUUUGAGCAGAAUGGAGGGGUAUUAUUGUCCCAACAACUUCAUCCAAAUGGAGGAACUAUGGACUCAUCUAAAAUAUUUUCUAUUGAAGAACUACAAAAAGCAACAAAUAAUUAUCACGAAGAUCGUAUUUUAGGUAAAGGUGGUUAUGGUACAGUAUACAAGGGGAUUCUUAAGGACGGACGUGAAGUUGCAAUAAAGAAAUCCCGAGUGACUGAUCGAACACAAGUUGAGCAAUUCAUAAACGAAGUUGUUAUUCUAACUCAAAUUAACCAUCGAAAUGUGGUUAAACUCUUAGGAUGUUGUCUUGAAACCGAGGUUCCUUUGCUCGUGUAUGAAUUUAUCUCGAACGGUACUCUCUUCGAACAUAUCCAUAGAAAUAAGGGUGUCACGUCUUGGCUUACUUGGGCUAACUGCAUCAAGCUUGCUGCGGAGGCUGCUGAUGCACUUUCAUAUCUUCAUUCAGCGGCUUCAAUACCAAUCAUUCAUCGAGAUGUUAAAUCCAGCAAUAUCCUAUUAGACGAAAAUUACACUGCUAAGAUAUCUGAUUUCGGUGCUUCAAGGUUAGUUCCAAUUGAUCAAACUCAGGUGACAACAUUAGUUCAAGGGACAUUAGGAUAUUUAGAUCCAGAGUACUUCCAAACAAGUCAACUGACAGAAAAAAGUGAUGUUUAUAGUUUCGGAGUUCUACUUGCUGAACUCUUAACAAGAGAAAAGCCUCUUUCCAUAGAAAGGAAAAUGGAAGAGAGAAAUUUGGCAAUAUAUUUUAUUCUCUCAGUUAAAGAAGGUCGAUUGAUGGAAAUCCUUGAUCCUCAGUUGGUUAGGGAAGCUAACGAAGAGCAACUAAUUACAAUGGCGAAUCUAGCUAUGAAAUGUCUUUACGUCGUGGGUGAAGAUAGGCCAACUAUGAAGGAAGUGGCCCUUGAGCUCGAAGGAUUAAGGAGUCAAAAUAGGCAUCCUUGGGCCGAUCAGAGCCAUCAGGACGAGACAAGCAAUUUAACAAACCAAAAUGAUCUUUAUCCGAUGCCCUCGAAUGCUAAUUAUAAUGGUAAUCCAAGCACCGGAGAAUUCACGACUGGACAGUACACAAUGCAAAUCGAUAUGAUUAACGAAAUGAACCACCCUCGCUAAGGCUUGAGUCAUGCAUGAUUAAGGAAUAUACGAAGAAAAGCCAUCAUAAUCCGGAUAUAUAUAGUUAGAUGUUUUGGGUUUCUUUAUGUUGUUUCCUUUAAAUUGUUAAUUGUUCCUUCUGCUAAGUAAAAAUUUGAUUGAUCUAAAUACAUUAUACGACCUCAUGAAGUGUAUAAAGACAA